CCGGCCACCCCUGAGCUGCUAGUGAGGCUACCCUUUAAAGACAGGCAUUUCACUUGCAGCAAAAUAAUAGGAAGGAGGUUCGCGUGCUUUGCGCAGAGGCUGAGCCACAGGAGAAAGCAACGCCAAUGUGAUUUAUUGAAUGAAAGCGCUGGACAAUUACCAACAACUUGCUCCUCUGCUGCCUCCAACAACCUCAACUGGAACUGCCGUGUGAAAAUGACCCAACAAAUGCAGAAUUUACAUCUUUCUCAGUCAAAAAAACAUAGCGCCCCAUCUUCUCCCAAUGCUGCCAAACGUCUGUACAGGAACCUCUCUGAGAAACUGAAGGGGAGCCAUUCUUCAUUUGAUGAGGCCUAUUUCAGAAUAAGAACUGACCGGCUGAGUCUCAGAAAGACCUCGGUGAACUUCCAGGGCAAUGAAGCCAUGUUUGAAGCAGUUGAACAGCAGGACAUGGACACCGUGCAGAUCCUUCUGUGUCAGUACACACCAGAAGAACUAGAUCUCAACACGCCUAACAGUGAGGGGUUGACGCCUCUGGAUAUUGCCAUCAUGACCAACAAUGUACCCAUUGCCAGGAUCCUUCUGAGGAUGGGGGCCAGAGAAAGUCCACACUUUGUUAGCCUGGAAGGCCGAGCAAUGCACCUCAACACGCUGGUGCAGGAAGCCCAGGACAGGGUGAGUGAGCUGUCUGCUCAGGUGGAGAAUGAAGGAUUCAGCCUGGACAACACUGAGAAAGAGAAGCAGCUGAAAGCUUGGGAGUGGAGGUAUCGACUCUACAGACGCAUGAAAACAGGCUUCGAACAUGCCAGAGCCCCCGAGGUGCCAACCAAUGUCUGUCUCAUGGUAACCAGCAGCACAUCACUCACUGUCAGCUUCCAAGAGCCUCUUAGUGUCAACGCAGCUGUAGUAACCAGAUAUAAAGUGGAAUGGAGCCUAUCUAAAGACUUUUGUCCUUUGGCUGGAGAAAUCAUCAUGGAAAAUCUGCAGACCCUGAGAUGCACAAUCACAGGACUUACAACGGGCCAGCAGUAUUUUGUUCAAGUCUCAGCUUAUAACAUGAAAGGAUGGGGACCUGCUCAGCCCACGACACCAGCAUGUGCCUCUCCUUCUAACUGGAAAGACUAUGACGACAGAGAGCCCAGACACAGGGGACAGAGUGAAGUUUUGGAAGGUCUGCUGCAGCAGGUCCGAGCCCUUCAUCAGCAUUAUAGUUGCCGGGAAAGUUCAAAAUUACAAACCACAGGCCGCAAGCAGUCCGUGUCAAGGAGCCUGAAACACCUAUUCCAUUCCUCAAACAAGUUUGUGAAGACCUUGAAACGGGGACUCUACAUAGCUGUUAUAUUUUAUUACAAAGACAACAUGUUAGUCACCAAUGAAGAUCAAAUCCCGAUUGUUGAAAUAGAUGACUCUCACACCACUUCCAUUACACAAGAUUUUCUGUGGUUCACAAAGCUGUCUUGUAUGUGGGAAGAUAUAAGGUGGUUGAGGCAAAGCAUACCUAUCUCCAUGUCCUCAUCCACAGUACUGCAGACACGGCAGAAGAUGCUCGCGGCAACAGCCCAGCUCCAGAAUUUACUUGGAACGCACAACUUGGGCAGAAUUUACUAUGAGCCCAUUAAAGACCGGCAUGGAAAUAUCCUGAUCGUCACCAUCAGGGAGGUGGAGAUGCUCUAUUCCUUUUUUAAUGGCAAAUGGAUGCAGAUCUCAAAGCUGCAAAGCCAGAGGAAGUCCCUGUCAACACCUGAGGAGCCAACAGCCUUAGACAUUUUACUGAUAACCAUCCAGGACAUUCUCUCCUACCAUAAGAGGAGUCAUCAGCGGCUCUCUCCUGGAUUAUAUCUGGGUUACCUAAAGCUGUGUAGCUCUGUGGAUCAGAUCAAAGUUCUUGUUACUCAGAAGUUACCCAACAUUCUCUGCCACGUGAAGAUCCGUGAAAACAAUAACAUUUCCAAAGAGGAGUGGGAAUGGAUCCAAAAGCUUGCUGGCUCUGAAUCUAUGGAAAGUGUGGAUCAUACUUCUGACUGCCCCAUGCAAUUGUUCUUCUACGAGCUCCAGAUGGCAGUGAAAGCUCUCCUUAAGCAGAUCAAUAUACCUCUACACCAGGCAAGGCACUUCCGCCUCUACACACAGGAGGUGUUGGAAAUGGGUCACAAUGUGUCCUUUCUUCUCCUGCUCCCUGCCUCAGACGACGUCUGUACAGCCCCAGGACAGAAUAAUCCUUACACCCCACACUCAGGGUUUCUUAACCUCCCUCUUCAGAUGUUUGAACUUGUUCAUUUUUGCAGCUACAGGGAGAAAUUUAUUAGUCUGUAUUGCCGCCUUUCUGCUGUUGUGGAGCUGGAUUCUCUGAAUACCCAACAGUCCCUGAGGGAAGCGAUCUCAGACAGCGAGGUUGCAGCUGCCAAACAAAGACACCAGCAAGUUUUAGAUUUCAUGCAGCACACAGAUGAAGUCUGGCGUGAAAUGAGAUGGAUCAUGGAUGCUCUUCAGUAUGCAAGAUACAAGCAACCAGUUUCUGGCUUAUACAUCACUAAGCUGAUAGACCUCUCAGAUGAGCAGAACCUGAAGAAGAUCAGCUCUACGUCAUCACAUAUAGACUGUCUUCCAUCCCCAUCCCCAUCCCCAGAGAUGCACAGAAGAAAGGCAGUGAGUGACUCACAGCCCUGUUCUGAUGAAGAAGGCUGCUCGGAAGUCUUCCUCCCCACUGACAGUGACUACGACUCCAGCGACGCCCUGAGCCCCCGAGACCUGGACCUGGUCUACCUGUCGUCGCACGACAUCGCCCAGCAGGCUCUAAGCGGCCUAAGCGGCAGCGCCCCCGACGUCCUGCAAGUGCACGACAUGAAGACGACGUUGGGGCCGGGCCAGGACCCGCAAGGCCAGGUUCCGGGGCCGGACCCCAACCACUCCUGUGCCGAGUUGCUCCACGGCCUCAGCCUCACGGGCUACGCGCCCAAGAACCACACCAAGAUGGCGCCGGGCGCGCGGCCGCCGCUGGGCUUCCUGGGAAAGCGGAAGCUCACCAAGCACCAGCACUACGGCGGCUUCAGCCGCCACCACCGGUGGCUGCGCAUGCACAGCGAGACGCAGUCCCUGUCGCUCUCGGAGGGCAUUUACACGCAGCACCUGUCCCAAGCCUGCGAUCUGGCCCAGCAUCCCGGGGAGGCCGAGCGACUCAGUCCCGCCCCCGAUGGGCCUCGGGGCCUGGCGCUGGCCCACACCGCGAGCCUCCCGGAGGAGCGGAAGAGCAGCCUCCAAGACCCAAGGCCUUCGGUACGCCGCAUCUACGUGGAGCCCUACCCCGAGGCCCUGGCGGACACAAAGCCCUGGGUAGCUUUGAGCCCGCCCCCUGGAGACCAUUCCGGCCUGCCCAGCCCCACCAACCCAGAGAUGAGCCCAGAGGGUCCGACCACGUCCCCGGUGUCAGAAAUACUCAGCAGCAUGCUGUAAGGAGGCCACAGCUGGCUGUCCACUGAUCCACCGCAAGUCCCUGCAUUUCCUAUCACCCAGCCUGCCCCCGCCAUGUCCCCCAUCCAUUUUCAAAUGGUUUGACUAUUCAAAAUCCAUAGGUUCUAGGUUCAAGGUUCUCUUUUUAAGGGAAGAGUUGGGAUAGAGGCAAGAGUUGCCAGUGGCAUUCCCAGUUCACCUUACAAAGGGCAUAGAGGAGCUUUUGCACCAACAUGGAGUCCUGGACACAACAGUUCAAACAUGCCACUCUGUUGGUGGCACCUGCGACUGAGGUAGGGCAGCCCAACGAGCCACCCUCAGUUCUGUAGCUGGCUUUGUAAUCUGACCCCUGGAUUUAGGGAUCUUUCAUAAAUUUGUGAUUGGUAGGAGGAGUUCUAUAGAUGAAAAUAAAAUUAGCAUUGUUUUUCUCUCCAUUCCAAAGUUUUAGAAGAGCUUGAGAGAAAGAAGCCCAGGUUGUCUCUCUAGGGCACAGGGUCAAGUGGAUUUGCCCUGAGUUCCCCGUCAGCUAAACCAAGUCAUUCCAAAGUGCAGGGUUCUCAGGGGCUCACCAAAUCCAAUUUAUCCAUCAGCACUGAUCUGAUUAAAGAGGCCUUGGACAGGCCUUUUCUUCACUUGGCUCUGUGUGGAAGUCACCAGAAACAAAAAUAGAGAACGCUUCUCUUCUAGCUCUGUCUUGCAAACAUAGAAUAAUGCAGGAAGCAGCCCUUCCUGCACAGUCAGCUCCCAUUCAAGCACAGAAAUGGGCCGUAUAUUAUUCCAGAGUGCAAAGAGAUGGCCGAAUUAAAUAAAAGCCUGGAUUAUAGACAAGAGGAGGGAGAGAGAUGAGCAAAAAUGUAUUUCCUUUACAGUCCUAAAGUAAGUCCAUGGGGGCUGUGUGUCUGAAAAUGAUAAUGGGUUUGCUCCAGAUUUCUCAGGUCAUGGACUUGCCAUUAAACAAGAAAAUGCCCUUCAACUAUGGCCAGGCAGUGGUGGAAUCCUUAUAGUCACAUAAGCACAUCUACUCACCCCCAUAUCACAGGUGACAGGACAGAUUGUCCAGGGCUUGGGUUGCUGCCUUCCCCUCUUUAAUCCACCCCUUCCAAAGUCAGUUUUACUCUGAAAUCAGCUGACCCAUUAGCCUCAGGGAGAAUCUUUCCUUAGAAGGCUUGACAGUGGUUCUGAGACUGUGCUCAAAGACACCUGAAAAUCCUGCCUCAGACUUAUUGCCUCCCACCUGCCUUUCUCCCGGAGGAGAAACCCAAAUCACAGAGAGAUCACACGGUGUAUUCAAAAAGGCAUGAGCCUUCGCUCAUUUCCUGGAGCCAAGACCCAUUCAGUUCACUGGGAUUCUAAAUGGUCCUUUUCUGCUUCAUAGGCAUUUUGGUUAAAUAUUGCUCUUUAUGGCCCUACUCCUAUCCUCACAGUUCUACCAUUUGUCCUCAUGGGAGUUCAUACAAAGUCCCCUGUUCACAAUGUUAUUCCGAUUCCUUCCAUUUUUAAAACAUUUGAUUUAAACAUAAAUAAUUACCCUGGAGCAAAGGUACAGAUUUGGCCCAUGGCCUAUGGUCAUUAGAAAACUGAAGCCCAGAGCUCAGUCUUUAUUUUUUUAAGAGAUUUUAUACUCAAUGAACCUUCCCAAGAAUCUUGAUCAGAAUCACUGCAGCUCCUUUUCCAUGCCUGACAGGAUUUUAAAAGGCAGUUUUCUUCUGUUCUGAGUGAAUUCUAUGUAUAUGGAGUGUUAGAGCUAGAAGGGACUACAAAAUUAGUCUGAGUCCUUGCAUUUACAGAUGAUACAAUUAAGGCACAAAGAGGUUAAGUGACUUGCUCAAGGUCAAAGAGCUAGUUUAGUCUCAGUGAGGGUCAAAAUCCAGAACCAUUUUUGUAGCAGGCUCUCCCAUUGGGGAUUGGCACAUACUUAGUCAACUCUUGAUUGUCUAUAGGCUACUUAUCUAGUUUGCAGAUUAUCUAAGCUACUUCUAAUUCCAAAUUCAACUCUUUUUUUUUCAACGUUUAUCUAACAGAUUUCCAAUAUCACAGAGAUCCUUGUUGCCAGGAAAUACAAAGUUCACAUAAUAGACAUCUAAGCUAAGUUAAUUAAUUUAAAAAAACCAAAUUUGGGAGAAAUGUCAUUUAAAAUUACCGUAUGACUUCCCUUUAAUAACAAAAAUGACAGAGUCACCUGCAGUUAGUUGCUAUUAUACUUAUUUCUCAUUGUAAGACAUGAUAUAUGUUAAAUACGUGUGAGAUGAGAUGCUGGAAUUGUCAGGAGCUAAGAAACCAAAUGAUUCUUUGAUCAUGACCUUUCUGGUAGCACAGAAGGAAGUCUGUGACUGUGAAUUAGAUAGGAGACAUUUGACAGGCAGCAAAAGCAGAGACUGACCUACCCUUGGGCCCCUCAUUUGGUCAGCAAGUUCUGGUACGCUGGACCAAAUUGACUCAUGAAGUAAAGUUGCAUUAAAUUUAAAUCCCCUAAUUUAUAUUGGGGACACGGGGUUAUUUCUUCACCUUCUAUGAGGGAAAGAGAUGCAUGCCCAUGAAAUGAAUAAUGCACAUUAGGUUUCAAUGGGCACAUUUAAUCAACUUGAAAAAUGUGUUUUCCUAGCAAUAUUCCUACAUAAAAGCGGAUGCUAUAUCCUCAAUAACUAGCUAUUUGUUCAAGUAGCUCCCGUACCUCCACUUGGCAACAUCUUGUGAGCCUAGUUGAAAUUCAUACAUUCUUUUAGGAGAUCAUUGUGUUCUCUAAUUCACAGUCCUGGGCUCAUUUGGCCAGACUUCUCAUUAUAGAAACUUUACAGUGAGGAUUUUUGUUUGUUUGUUUGUCUUGUCUCAUCUUAUUGGUUUGGUUUGGUUUAGGAUAUGAUGGACCUUUGUCUUUCCUUCUUUUAAAGUCCAAACUGAGAGUCUCUGGACUUUCCUAUCACAGAUCUUUUCCAUGGUUUUUCUAACAUGCUUAAUUCUACCUGUAUUAUCCAGCUCUUGUCAUUUGUGAAAACCCUCAAAAAUUAUUGACCCUCCCAUAUGUCUGCCUCUAUUCUAAGUCCCACAGGGAACAAAAGAAUCAAGUAUAAAAUGUCCUCAGGCCGCAAGGAGCUCACAAUCUGACAUGCGUGUAGCCACCAUAACCAUACAUCUUUUCAUCAAUGUCUUAGAAGAGGCAGGAGCCCGUCUCCUCAGCCAGGCCAACAUAGUGCACGUUGGGCCAAACAUCUUUGAUUUCACUCUUGCUGUCUAUUCAUAAGGGUGGACAGCCUGGAAAAUGCAAGGCAUCAAUGGAUGUGCUUCCAACCAUUUACAAAGCUAUCAUAUCCUCUUCAUUGGCAAGGGUACCUGGGAGACAGUAAUUAAAAACAUUCACUCUAGGGAAUGAGUAUUUUUCAAAGUGGGUAGUUAAAGAUGAGACCCAUUCCUUUUUAGAAACAUUCACUCAUGCUCAAAGCAAUAAUUACACUGGAGAAAAUGGUUCCAUUUGGUUUGAAAGUUGAAGCCAGUUAGUAACAGUAUUCCUCUAGCUCCCUUUCCCAAAGGAUCCCAAAGCACUUUAUGAAAAGCAAUGACUGAAGCCUUGUUGUACUCCCCUAAAAAGACCCUGUCCAGGAGCCACCUGGCAAACACCUACCCCAUCCUUGCCAGGAGAGCAUGCCAGACAAGUGGGAAAGAGGACUGGCCUCUCAUUCAUUGUUAUCCUGCCACACGAACGUGCGCCCCAGUGGGCAUUGAGCUCUUCACUUGACAAUUUUAAAGGAGGCAUACCGGAAACUCCCAAGUCCUUGGCUUCCUCUUGUUCUUCACACACUACCCAAGAGGUUCUCACUUUCUCUUGGAGAACUAUCAGCUCAAGCUGUUAAGGGGUCUUCAGUGCAUUUAAGUCCCCUAGUUAUGUCAACAGCACACAGAACUCACUGACUUCUUAAAAUUGACACUUGUUAGAAAGAAAAUGCCAUUAUUCUACAACUCUCAGCUUUGUACGCGCGGCAGAGCUACAGCAGAGAAAGUGCAGCUCUUGGUAUGUUUGUUUAUUGAACUAUAACAUACCAGUUGGAGAGGGUAGUUGUAGAUUAACAAGAGAACACUCUCAGAGAAUUGAAAGUGCUACAUUUUCACUUUAUAAAGCCUAACUAUGUUUCCAGAUAAUUCAGUAAAGCGAAUCUGAACUUUUUUUUUUUUCCUGGUCAUACCUUUAAGGACAUUUUUUUAAGGAGCUAUUUGGGAAGGCAAUGAUACCUCUUCACAGGUAGCAGGGUGAACAAGGCAAAAACUUGUUUCUUUGCGGGUCACCUCUCAUAAGAUGUUCAAACACAUGGCUCAUGACUGUUAAGCUCAACUUCAAUGCGGCCUUACAAACAACAAGGGUAGUGUAUUUGAAACUAUGUUGUACAGUUUGGAAACUUAUUCUAAGAUCUUAAUUCAGAGUUUUUCUGAGGUGUUGAACUUUGCCAUUAGCAAAAAGUAUUUUUAGAAAAAUCCAUUGACUGUUUAUGAAGCACUGAUGUUGCCAUAUUUCGGGUCUCUGGUUUUUCCACCACAGCUGCACACAGUAGUUAUAUUUGGGUGUUUUUUUUCAAUUAUUUCUUCUAUUUCCAUUAAUAAUGCAUUUGUAAAAUGGUUAUUCAAAAGGACAGUUAGUUUUGUUUUAACAAUCAGAUAGGUAGACUGUGAAAAUAUUCUAUUUUGAUAAAGGAAAUAGGAGGUUUAUUAUUGUUUUAAAUAUCAUCCUAGAGCCUUUCCCCUCCAGAUAUUUACAUUUUUCAUUUGUAACAAAAGCCUGUAUUUAACUUAGUGGCAAAUGUUAUGAAGCUAUUAGUUAAUACUCUUUGCUCCUCUUCCUUCAGCCUUGAAAGUCUGAAUUUGCUUUCACAGUAACCACUAUCCAGUAGCUGAUUUAUAAAAACCAAGUCUGGCAAAUUGUUGUGUUAAGUCACUCUGAGUUGCUGUAUUGCUUCUUGCCCUGUAACAAACCAGAUGUUUGGGGAUUUCCCAUGUAUGUGGUCACAAGCAUCAAUUUAAUGUUUUUGAUGGAAAAAGAAUUAAAGUGUGUGUGUGUGUGUGUGUGUGUGUGUGUGUGUGUGUGUGUGUGUGUGGUGGGGGAGGGGUGUUUCAUAGAAAAGUAAUUUAAGUAAUGUUCUAUUAGGCAGUGUUUAAUUGCUCCCUGCCUAAUGUGUACAUAGUCAUUUGGCUGAUUAUUGGUUAUUUGUUCAGAAUGUAUUGCAAACUUGUUGCUAUGUAUGCAACUGAGUGUAUGUAAAAGUUUAGACUUGGGUAUGUUAUCUGCACAAUUUUGUGUGCUUUAAACCUUUGUAACUGUACAGAUGAAUCAUGUAGGGUGUGUUAAAUGUGACUUUCAAUCUUGAAACAAUAUUUUGUAGUAUGUACUUUUGCAAACUAUUUGAAAAUUUUUAAAGGAUAUUAUAAAUGGCCAGUACUCUCAAUUAAAAACAACACUGGUAAAAUGCAUGCCUCUUCAACCUACCAAUUUAUAACAAGAGGUCGGAGGUUAACAAGAAUUAAGUUAAUUUUUGUAAUGGCAAGUAUUUUUGAUAAUUCCCUACCUGCCUUGAUUGUAUUUGAAAGAAAACUUGCCAACAGAAGAAAUCUUAGCUAUCAGAAGGAGUGACUUUCGUAAGCGUUGACUAAUACUAAUAUACUUUAUAUCUAACCUGAUGUUGUUGAAAUCUAGUUGAAGGGUGAAGAAAUCAAAAAUAUUUUUUGAUUCUUCAUAAGAUCUUUUGCUCUUUAAAGACCAAGUCCCAAGUCCUUUGUCUUCAGUGUGGGGAAAUGACAAUUAAAUAACAAAAAGAAUUGUCAGCACUUGGCUUACCUGAUGGUUUUUCCAAGUCUCAGUGGAGACCUUUUUUAGCCUGAGCUUCUAAAAUCUUCUCACUGAAAUUUGGGAAGUUAUUAUUUGGGGCAUUGUUUUGACAAUUAUCAGAAAAGUCUGACCCUUUGGCCCUUGGUUGAUCACGUCAUUUGGGUUCUUUCUCUGGCAUAAUUGGCUAUUGCCAAAUAUUGAAAAUAAAGGAGCAGGCUGCCUUUGCAAAUACUCUCACCAAGUUGCACCCAGGAGCUUGGACAUCUUAACCUGCUCCGCCCUCCCCUGCGUGCAUGUUUAAAUGUCUUCGGUGCAUUUCUGCAUGUGCUGGCCUAUCUCCAUUUCUCUACCCCUUUAUUCCCACACCCCAGAGCUCCUCCCUUACCCUUGCUUCCUCUGGCUAACGGUUGAGAUUUCUUCUGUGUUUGAGAACCCUACAAAGAGAUUCCUUCAAUCCCAGGAACCUCCACAAAGGUUCUCCUGAAUUCCCACGGACAGGAAAUACGCUGCUUUGGAACGUAUAUUUGUCUUAUACCAUUUUACAGAAUUCUUUUCAAUACACACACACACACACACACACACACACACACACACAAAUUCAACUCUUUAUUGGCAUGUUUGUGGUCAGCUUUCCCGACAGCCUCAGAGAGCUGCUUUGUUGUCCUGGCCGAAUGUGCUGUUUUCCUUCUGUAAAUUGUCAUCUUUCUAGGUAAACCAUUACUUUCUUUUCCUAAUUCUGUCUUUAAAUAAAAGUUUACCUUCUUUUUCAAACCAAACAGAUGACAUUGCUCUUUAAUAUCCCCUUUCUUCUAUGAAUACUCCCGAGGAGGUCUUGGGGGAGGGACAGCAUGGAAUA